AUGCUCUUUCCUCCCAACAGAGGGCUCAGGCCCAUCUCCUUGGGACCUGGGCCUGCCCUGAGAGGAGUCAGCCCGGGUCUUCCCUCCCCGCCCCCAGGCCCCCACUCCCUAAGGCUUUUCUACACCGUGAUGUCCCAGCCCGGCCUCGGGGAGCCCCGCUUCAUCUCCGUGGGCUACGUGGACGACACGCAGUUUGGGCGGUUUGACAGCGACUCUCCGGGCCAGAGUGCGGAGCCGCGGGCGCCCUGGGCGGGGCAGGUGGGGCAGGAGGACCUGGACGAGGAGACUCUGAUCCAAAGGGACAACGCGCAGUGGUUCAAAGCGCUCCUGAGGGACCUGCGCGGCCGCUACAACCAGAGCGAGGACGGGUCUCACACCCUCCAGAGGAUGUGUGGCUGUGAAGUGGGGCCCCACGGGAGCCUCCUCGGCGGGUGUAACCAGUUCGUCUACGAGGACGCGGAUUCCAUCUCCCUGAGCGAGGACCUGCGCUCCUGGACCCCCGCGGGCUCGGGGGCUCAGAUCACCCAGCGCGCGUGGGAGGCGGCGGGCAGGGCCGAGCGCGUCAGGCACAGUGUGCAGAGCAGGUGCUUCCCGUGGCUCCGCAGACUCCUGGAGAUGGGGAAGGAGGUGCAUCCCCCAAAGACAUAUGUGACCCUCCACCUCACCUCUGACUGUGAGAUCACCCUUAAUGCUCCCCUCCUUGCUGGGAGCCAGCCUUGUCAUACUGGAUGGGACGACAUUGGCGCAAUUGAGGAAUGA